AUGAAAGCUGACAUUGGAAUACAUUUUAUUAUCGCAAUAUUCAUUUUGUUCGAGUCGUGGACCACUGCUAUUGACAUUCCGUAUGAAGAUCUUAGCAACCCAUAUAAGUUCUGCCCACCACGGUCCAGUUGUGCGGGAGUCGACCAGAAAUCGGCAGCCUCUGAGGUCUUAGACAAUUACGACGGCAUUGGCGGACUGAAGCGAAACUGCCUGUGUGACGACCGGUGCGGCGAUUACGGAGAUUGUUGCACCGACUCGACGCACUUUGACCCAGUGGAACAGCAGAGGUCCGCUGCUCGUUACGGUUGCGUGCUCACCGAAGACAGCGGUGGUGGCACGUACGUCGUGAACAGGUGUCCGGCCACGUGGACGAACACGCGGGUGCGGGACGCUUGCCAUGCGGCCGCCGUAGAUACGGACAGCAUGCUCGGUAAUCCCGUGACUAGCCGGACGACGGGACAAGCGUACCAGAACCGGUUCUGCGCCGUGUGCAACGGUGAUGCGGCCGACCCGAUCCUUUGGGACACGCGGAUCGUUUGCAAUGCCCUUCUCGGCGUGACCCCGGGCGCCGAACAAGCGGUGCUCGACACGCUCAGGUACGACGCGACCGCUGGCAAGUGGGAGGUCAAGUACAUCGGUGACACGUACAAUUGCGACCAGAUUUUAGUGCCACCGGCCACGACCCGUAUCCGAAGGUGUCUACCAAAUGCCGUGGUCACGUGUCAUCCCCGGUGGCCGAACGACGAGAUCCGGUCAAACUGCGAGGCGUACACGACAGUGAUGUACUACGACAGUCUGUCGUACAAGAACAUACACUGCGCCAUAUGCAACCACGUGCUAGUGCAGAACGUUACGUGUCAGACGAGUAGUGUUCACGUGAGGUUUCCCAACCAAUUUGCUGUGCGCAGCUUCACCGCGUUAUUCGUCGCGCAGCCCGGCCACCGCGAGUGCCGCGGCCCAGACAUGUUCUACGACCCGUUCAACAAGACAUGCCAGUCCCUGCGGACGUCGGUGGCCGACGACGGCGUGCUGCUCAACUGUUCCGUUGUGGCCAUGUACUCGGUCCCGCCUGAAGGCUGGCGACCGCCCAACGCCGAUGCCGAGUACGUGACGUUAGAAAACGGCACGAUGGCGGUGUGCGCGGACGCCAAUCAUCCGGCCACCGCCGAGACGCUCAGGUAUGUGGUUCUCACUUACGUGGGCCUGGGCGUGUCCGCGGUGUUGCUAAUCGUGCACCUGGCCGUGUUCGCCGUGCUUCCCGAGAUGAAGAACCUGUCCGGCAAGAACCUGGCGUCGUUUUGUGUGUCGCUCUUGUGCUCGUACGCGGCGUUCCUUGUCGGCAACUGGCUGACCGGUCCCGCGUGCUACGCCGGCGCCGCAUUCACCUAUUACGCUUUCCUCACGUCGUUUGCGUGGAUGUUGGUGAUGAGUUUCGACUGCUGGCGCUCGCUGCGCCUGGCCACCGUCGAGUUGCGCGUCACCAGUGGCCGGCAGACGAAAAAGUUCCUCGUCUACUCGGCCGUCUGCUGGCUGGUGCCGGCCAUGAUGACGUUCGUGGCGGUGGCCGCGGACGCCGUGCCCGCCGUGCCCAAAGACGUCCGUCCCCGGUUUGGCGAAGACCAGUGCUGGUUCGGCAGCAAGACCGCGCUGUUGCUGUUCUUCGCCGGCCCACUGACCACCAUCAUGGCCGUGAACGUCGUGCUGUUCGGCUGGACCGCGUACAUGAUCCACUCGAGCCGGGCCACCGUCCGUCACAUCAACACGCGCCACGUGCGCCGCGACUUCCGCAUGUACUGCCGUCUCGGCGUACUCAUGGGCCUGACGUGGUCCACCGGCAUAGUGGCCAGCUACACGGACGCCAAGUACAUGUGGAUGGUGUUCGUUGUCCUCAACACGUUCCAGGGCCUGUUCGUGUUCAUUGCGUUCACGUGCCGCCGCCGCAUACUGGACUCGCUCGUCCGCGGCGUCGGUGGCGCCAACCUCGGCCUCAGCCAUCUGUCUCACGAAAAGUCCAAGGACGGCGACAAGCACUCCCGCGGCCCUCCCCCGUCGUCGUUCUCCUGGUCGUCCAGCGACAACGGCACGCCAAUGAGUUCGGAGAAAACGACGGACACCCUAUACUGA